AUGCGUAAACGGGUUUGGACGUUUAAUGAGUGGAGCAUUGUGAUUGAUCGGUGGGUGGAGAAGCCACCAGAUGACUAUUUGAAGUAUUUGUUGGUUUGGGUUCAGAUUCGAAACAUUCCGGUGAACCACUACACGAAAGAAGCUAUUGGAACUUUUGGUGAUUUUAUUGGUAAGGUAGAUGUGGUUGCUUUUGAUCCAAACAAAGCACAAAGUCAUGACUACGUUAGGGUACGGGUCUUUUUUGAUGUUUCGAGACUUGUUAGGAAAACGAAAGUUAUCAAUCUACCGGGUGGGGGUACGGUAACCCUACGGUACGACUUUGAGAGGAUACAGAAGAUAUGCUAUCACUGUCAACGCCUAACUCAUGAGAAGGACAAAUGCCCACUGCUAAUUCAGGAGAGGAAGGAUAAAGCUUUUGAGCAUAGGAAGAAGGUUUUGGCCGAGAAGCAGAAAAGAGAGCUGAUGAUUCAUCGAGACGAUCCUCUCUUUGGAGUCUUGAGUGAUGAGCAAGUGGGUCUGGAUCCUGCUACUGGGAAACGUAAAAUUAAUCCCGAGGUUUUACAAAAUAUGCGUGAAUAUCUCUUAGCAGCUGAAGGUGGAGAAAAGCGUGUGCGGGAGGAACGUAACUUUCUGAGACUGGAGUCCCCGCCUUUGGUUAUCUGUGAUUUAGACAAAGGCAAAGGAGUAGUCUCUGACUAUGCUCUGAAGAAUGUGGAGAACCAAGUUGUACUGCGAAGGUCUAAGGGGAAUGUAAACAAAAGCUUGGUGAUCAGGGAUCCCCAACCAUUAGUACCUGACUUGCUCAGGGGAAAAACUGGAGAUCAUGCCCUUUCUCCUAUCUUUUUUGAAUGUUCGACGGGUUUUAGCUCUGGAUUCUCAGACGCUAACUCUUCCGGGACUUCACGACAAAAGGGAGGCAAGCGCUAUAGGCCACCAAAGAGGAUGAGGAAGUUUAAGCCGAAAUCUCCGGCUUCGGAGGGAGAUGGGGCCAAGGAGAAGAGUAUUGACGAUACUGAGAUAAAAAGUGCUUUCAAGAGAAGAGCUGAGGCUGUGGCGGGGGAAUUUGCUAGAGUUGCGAGAAUGUCAAAAUCAGAGGUGGUCCCAAAUGGGGGACUGCCCAAUCAAUAA